AUGAACGGAGUGUCUGUGGAUAUCAACCACUUGAAAAAAGGCGAGGUGAACCUCGGGACGUCGAUCAUGGCUGUCACGUUUAAAGACGGCGUGAUCUUGGGAGCUGACUCCAGAACCACCACCGGCACAUACAUCGCCAACAGAGUGUCGGAUAAGUUGACUCAGAUUCACGAUACCAUCUACUGUUGUCGUUCUGGAUCUGCUGCUGACACGCAGGCGGUGGCUGACAUUGUCAAGUAUCACUUGCAGCUUUAUUCGUCGCAAUUGCCUCCAGGGGAGAAACCCACCACCCAAGUGGCAGCGUCCGUUUUUCAGGAGAUGUGCUACAACAACAAGGAUAUGUUGACGGCAGGAAUCAUCUGUGCUGGCUACGAUAAGAAAAAUAAAGGUAAAGUGUACUCGAUCCCCAUUGGCGGGUCUAUCCACGAGCAGCAGUAUGCCAUUGCCGGUUCAGGGUCUACGUUCAUCUACGGUUGGUGUAACGAGAACUGGAAGCCAGACAUGGAGAAGGACGAAUGCAUACAAUUUAUCAAGACGGCAUUGGGCGAGGCCAUCAAGUGGGACGGCUCCUCCGGUGGUGUGGUGAGAAUGGUGAUCUUGACUGAAAGCGGCGUGGAGCGCUUGAUCUUCUACCCCGAGGACUACCAGAAAUAG